AUGGACAGGGACACAGCGGGUCAGGAGAGGUUCAGGACCAUCACAACGGCCUAUUACAGAGGAGCUAUGGGCAUCAUGCUGGUGUACGACAUCACCAACGAGAAGUCCUUCGAUAACAUCAGGAAGUGGAUACGCAACAUAGAGGAGCACGCGUCUUCAGACGUGGAGCGAAUGAUUCUGGGGAACAAGAGCGACAUGAACGACAGGAGACAAGUGUCCAAGGAGAGAGGAGAGAAGCUGGCGAUCGAUUACGGGAUCAAGUUUCUGGAAACGAGCGCGAAGUCGAGCAUCAACGUCGAAGAAGGAUUUCUAACUCUCGGCAGAGACAUCAUGACCAGACUCAACAGGAAGAUGAACGACAACAACCAAUCAGCAGCCGGUUCAGUGAAGAUCUCAGCGGGUCGCAGCAAGAAGAGCUUCUUCAGGUGUUCAGUGCUGUAGCUCCUCCUCCACCUCUCCUCUCCUCCACCUCUCCUCUCCUCCACCUCUCCUCUCCUCCACCUCUUCUCUCCUCCACCUCUCCUCUCCUCCACCUCUCCUC